GUUGGAGGAAGCGGCGCCCACGGCGAGGUGGUGGACGGCCGCGGCGGAGACGUCGAACCCGGGAUUGACGGGCAGGGUCGGGUGGCUUAGAGGCGCGUCGGAGCCGUGUGCUCAGGAGGCCGCAUCGCAGGCUCGUGGAUGAAGGAAGCGCCCGCGGGGAGGUGAAGCUGAGAGUGGAGUUCAACAGUAAAAUCAGACGACAGAUGGACAGUGUGACAAGAACGUCAGAGAGGAUUGGGCCUCGCCGUGAGAGGCAGCCUGGAGUCAGCGUGUUGACAAGUUGCUGAGAAGAAAGCUAGGGAGGCGCUGUGGCACACACAGGAAGCAGAGGCUGUCUGCAGUCACACCAUUGAUGGAGGACAGAUGGACAGCCGGAUGGCCAGUGAGCUCUCCUCUUAAAUCUUUGGAGAGUGGCCCUUUGUCCUCUGCUGGACACUUAUUAGGAAUUUUAACAUACUCUCUGAACUCCUUAUUUGUCAGAACGCAAACUUAGACUGCAGUGUGCCACCAGGCUCAUCCAUUGCAUGGUGACAUCUGCAAACAUGAGUGCCGAGGGCUACCAAUACAGGGCACUGUAUGACUAUAAAAAGGAAAGAGAAGAAGAUAUUGACCUCCACCUGGGGGACAUACUGACUGUGAACAAAGGGUCCUUGCUUGCACAUGGAUUCAGUGAUGGACAGGAAGCCCGGCCAGAAGAAAUUGGCUGGUUAAAUGGCUAUAAUGAAACCACCGGAGAGAGGGGAGACUUCCCUGGAACUUACGUUGAAUAUAUUGGAAGGAAAAAAAUCUCACCUCCUACUCCAAAGCCUAGGCCACCUCGACCCCUUCCUGUCGCACCAGGUUCUUCGAAAACUGAAGCAGACAUUGAGCAACAAGCUUUGACCCUUCCGGAUCUGGCAGAGCAAUUUGCACCUCCUGACAUUGCCCCGCCUCUCCUUAUCAGGCUGGUGGAAGCCAUUGAAAAGAAAGGUCUGGAAUGUGCAACGCUGUACAGGACACAGAGCUCUGGCAACCCUGCAGAAUUACGACAGCUUCUUGACUGUGAUGCUGCCUCUGUGGACUUAGAAAUGGUCGAUGUGCAAGUUUUAGCAGAUGCUUUUAAACGCUAUCUCCUGGACUUACCAAAUCCUGUCAUUCCAGUAGCCGUUUACAGUGAAAUGAUUUCUUUAGCCCAAGAAGUACAAAGCUCAGAAGAGUAUACCCAGCUCUUGAAGAAGCUCAUUAGGUCGCCCACUAUACCUCAUCAGUAUUGGCUUACGCUUCAGUAUUUGCUAAAACAUUUCUUCAAGCUCUCUCAGUCUUUCAGCAAAAAUCUUUUGAGCGCAAGAGUACUCGCAGAAAUUUUCAGCCCGAUGCUUUUCAGAUUUCCUGCAGCCAGCUCUGAUAGUAAUGAAAACCUCAUAAAAGUUAUAGAAAUUUUAAUCUCAACUGAAUGGAACGAACGACAGCCAGCUCCAGCACUGCCUCCUAAACCACCCAAACCCACCACGGUAGCCAACAACGGUAUGAAUAACAAUAUGUCUUUACAAGAUGCUGAAUGGUACUGGGGAGAUAUCUCGAGGGAAGAAGUGAAUGAAAAACUUCGAGAUACCGCAGAUGGGACCUUUUUGGUACGAGACGCAUCUACUAAAAUGCAUGGUGAUUAUACACUUACACUAAGGAAAGGAGGGAAUAACAAAUUAAUCAAGAUAUUUCACCGAGAUGGAAAAUAUGGCUUUUCUGACCCAUUAACCUUCAAUUCUGUGGUUGAACUAAUAAACCACUACCGGAAUGAAUCUCUAGCUCAGUACAAUCCCAAGCUGGAUGUGAAGUUACUGUAUCCAGUAUCCAAAUACCAACAGGAUCAAGUUGUCAAAGAAGAUAACAUUGAAGCUGUAGGGAAAAAAUUACAUGAAUAUAACACUCAAUUUCAAGAAAAAAGUCGAGAAUAUGAUAGGUUAUAUGAAGAAUAUACCCGUACUUCCCAGGAAAUCCAAAUGAAAAGAACAGCUAUUGAAGCAUUUAAUGAAACCAUAAAAAUAUUUGAAGAACAGUGCCAAACCCAGGAGCGGUACAGCAAAGAAUACAUAGAAAAGUUUAAACGUGAAGGCAAUGAGAAAGAAAUACAGAGGAUUAUGCAUAAUUAUGAUAAGUUAAAGUCACGGAUCAGUGAAAUUAUCGACAGUAGAAGGAGAUUGGAGGAAGACUUGAAAAAGCAGGCAGCCGAGUAUCGAGAGAUUGACAAACGUAUGAACAGCAUUAAGCCAGACCUCAUUCAGCUAAGAAAGACGAGAGACCAAUACUUGAUGUGGUUAACUCAAAAAGGUGUUCGGCAAAAGAAACUGAAUGAGUGGUUGGGCAACGAAAACACUGAAGACCAAUACUCACUGGUAGAAGACGAUGAGGAUUUGCCUCACCAUGAUGAGAAGACGUGGAAUGUCGGCAGCAGCAACCGAAACAAAGCUGAAAACCUGCUGAGAGGGAAACGCGACGGCACCUUUCUGGUCCGGGAGAGCAGUAAGCAAGGCUGCUAUGCCUGCUCCGUGGUGGUGGAUGGCGAGGUCAAGCAUUGUGUCAUCAACAAAACGGCAACUGGCUAUGGCUUUGCCGAGCCCUAUAACCUGUACAGCUCGCUGAAGGAACUGGUGCUACAUUACCAACACACCUCCCUCGUGCAGCACAACGACUCCCUCAACGUCACACUAGCAUACCCGGUAUAUGCACAGCAGAGGCGAUGAGCGCUGCCCUCCGAUCCUGUUCCUGACCUUCAGCCACCCGAGGCCUCUGGGAAGCAAAGGGCUCCUCUCCAGCCUGACCUGUGAAUUGAGCUGCGGAAACGAAGCCUUCGUCUCUCUGCAGAUGGGACUAGAGCUUUCUUGGACAAAAAGAAGUAGGGAGAAGGCACACAGCCGAGGGCUGCAGGAUGAUCAGCUGUUUCUAACCUGGACUGCUUAUCCUUCUUUUUUUUUAUUUUGGUUUAAUUUAAAGCCACAAUACAACACAAAGAGAAAAAGAAAGGCAACAAUCUCUGCGUGCAGGGACAAAGAGGCCUUUAACCAUGGUGCUUGUUAAUGCUUUCUGAAGCUUUACCAGCUCAAAGUUGGGACUUUGGAAACCGGAAGGAAAAUGGGGCUAAAAGAGCCCAUGCCUGAGGGUGCUGGGUCCAGCCUGGUGAAGCCUGGGGUUGCUGUGCACGGAGAGCCCAGACGCGUCGCACUGUGGAUUAUUUCAUUGUCUAACAAGUGAAUGAUAUGUAGCAGAAAGGCACUUCCGCUCACAAGGGACACGUCAGAAGGACAUCAGUUCACGUAUGUUCAGAGGAAAAAUCUGUUGUAGCAGAGUGCCAGAAAGUGUUUAAACUUGUCAAAACGAAAAACAACCCACCAACAGAAAAAUGGAGCUCGGAAAACAGGACUUAAAGUGACACUCAGUAUAUAAAAUAUGUACAUAAUAUUGGAUGACUAACUAUCAAAUAGAUGGAUUUGUAUCAAUACCAAAUAGCUUCUGUUUUGUUUUUGCUGAAGGCUUAAUGCACAGCGCUAUGCAAUUCUUAUUUUUCAUUAAGUUGUCAUCAGUUUAAAAUGUACUUUUGGAAUAAGCUUCCCCUACUCCAACUUUUGUUGCUCGAAAAUAUUGUUGUCUGUCCCUGAUUUUUGUUCAUAUUUGUUUUGUUGUUUUUUUUAAAAGAAAUGUACAGAAUGCCAGUAAAAAAGGCUUCAGAAUUAAAACUAUGAAAUAUUUUACAGUUUUUCUUGUACAGAGUACUUGGCUGUUAGCCCAAGGUUAAAAAGUUCAUAACAGAUUUUUUUGGACUAAAUGUUUUGUUGGGCAGUGCCUGAUAAGCUUCAAAGCUGCUUUAUUCAAUAAAAAAAAAAAAAGAGAAAGAUGUAUGACUUUGACAAAGUAUGCUGAGUCCAACAAUAUUGUUUUAAGACUCUUAAAAUACGGUACCUGGCAAUGUUGUUUUUUAAUGAAUUGUGAACUUCUUGAAUCUAGGGAGCAGGGACGUUGCACCAGGUGGGGUGUGGGAGGGGGUGGUGUGGUGCGCACUUUCUCACGAUUACAGAGAAGUGAGUUACUGCAAAGUGAAAUUGUUUAUAUUUCAGUCUUUUCCCACUUUGACUUGCUAGUUGGUGUCAGUUAGUGACAAUUACAAACCUACUGUAAUUCUUAACCCAGUGCAGCUGGCCUGGGCUUUUGUGUUUUUGUUUUUGUUUUGAUUUUUUGAUUUUUUUGUUGUUGUUGUUAUUCCUAUGAAGGAAGAGCUGAGAGUCUGUCUUUGGGUUCCUGGAACAGCGCUCCCCUUUGUUUAGCACACUGGUUUCAAGGUAUAAUCUCUGCAUUUAAAAUGUGUAUUGUUUUUUCUUUCUAAUGUGAAACUAGUCACGACAACCAACAUUCAUUUUAGAAAAAACACGAUCUGAAAAAAAUAGGUUUUAGCUGGGUGUUGGUUAUUUUCCUAGCUUUCCAUUGAAUUUAGAACACAUAGCAAGGAGAUGCAGUGCAUGGCGACUGCUGUGGGCUGUGUGGAGCUUGUUCAUGUCAUGGCCGUUGGAGGAAUCCAGAGGAGGACCCUGCUCAUUCAUCUAAGUAACUGUGUGUUAUACUUCACUCUGGGGAAAGGCAGGGGGUGGAGGCCUCAUUCUGAGAGUUCUCCCUCCCCAGUUUAUAUAUGCAGAAGUUGUUAUGUUGGAGAAUGUUGCCGAAAGCGUUCAUGUAUUGGGAGCAGAGAAAGCUAUUAUAGUCACGGUCACUGCCCUGGCGGAUUGCAAUGGGACCUUACCAUUUCUGUGUCCCUUUCUCCAUAUUAGUUUCACUCACAACUUUCUCUCCCCUUCAGAAACACGGUGAGGAUAACUUGAUUUGUCUUUUAAACAUUCUUCCCUUUAAAAAUCUUUUGGAAGAAUCAGCCUUAGCAGCUGAGUUAAUGGUCUGCAGAAUGUAUUACUUUUCUUUACAUAAAGUCAGUCUUCAGCUAGACUGUCAGCCCUCAAACUUGACUUCUGACCUGACAUCCCGCUCUCAUCUCCAGACAGGUAGUGUUCUUCCUGAUUUUAGUCUGUGUCUGUGUUUUAAAACUGGUGGUCAGAUCUUGCCACAUCAUGUAGAAGUCUAACAGUUAAUAGUAGUUUAUAAACUAGGUAUGUGUGUUUGUUUUUAAGGGGAGGGGUUGUUUUUGGUAGCACAUCAUGUAUACUAUACAGUACAAGUAAUUCUCAUUUAAUUUUUAAACUAGAUCUGAGAUUGUAGUUUUCAGUGAGACACUCAACUUUGUUACCAUUUUUUGCUUCAACACUGCUAGAUGACAUGCUACGAGGCAGUCGCCUCGCUCUUGCAUCUCAUAAACAUAAGUGCAAUAGAUUUUUCAUCAAACAAAAGGAAGAAUUUAUUGUUCCAUUCAACAGCUAGUUACAUCAUACCUAUUCUGCCGAGUGCAUCUUUGAUGACUGUGUAACUUACCCGCCCCUAUUGCCCUCCUAGCUCUUUGGCCGCCAGGGCUCUUGCGGGUUUAAUCAGUCAUCAUCUAACUUUGUCUGAGAGGCUUGUGACUAUGAAUGGAUGCAGCAGAGGCACUCCUGAUACACGCUUUAUCCAUGCAUCGGUUUUUCCCACUCAGUGUAGCAUCCUAAAGACAAAGCCGGAAGCCAGCUGCAGAGAGGCUACGAUAGGGCUAGAGCAGGGGAGUGCUGGGACCUCAUGUUCCGCACCAGAGUGAUUAUAACUGCGUAAAAAGGAAAAAACAAUGUGUUUGCAAGGUGACAAUGUCACUGACCUAGAUAUAUGUAUAUAUGUAUAUGUGCAUGGACUGUGUUUCCAGUACACCUUUCAGCCAAACAGAUUCGCAGUGAGUUCAAGUACAUAACAAGCAAAUGUCUAGUACAGUUACUGUCUAUGUGUAUGGGUUGCUUUUUCCUUUGAGGUUGCUUUGUCUUAGUAAGGUGAAAAUUGUUUGCAAGUGCAGUGAGAAGUUCAUCAUUCUUUGACUUUAUUUCUGCUUUUAGAAGUUACUCCUUUUAGGGAGCAGGUCUGGAUGACUCCUUAUCCUGGAAAUCCUUAUUAGUGUGUCAAGUCAAGGUGUUUGUGAGCUGUCACCGUGGGGACCCAAUUGCUUUGUCAUAUAGCUGGUUAUGAACUAGUCAUGUGUUGGGAAGUCCUACUGAUGUUCCUUACUGGGAGAAAAAUUCUGCUGGUUUAACAACUGUGCUUUUGCUGUGCGUGGUAUCAAGUCAGCUGAAAAGCAGACCCUGUUUUCUUUGAAUUUAGGGUCAUUUUAAGGAAGGGGCAGUUUAAAGCACAAUGCCUCACAUGGGACAAAGUUCCAAAAUGCCAAAUUCUUAUUUUUGAAAAAUCAAGUUAUAUAAAAUACUAGAACAGUGGGUGGGGAGGGAGUGGAAUUGGGUAUUUGGAAAGACCAUCCAAACUUGUCACCGUGAGAUAGCAUUAGCUGCCCAGGAUGCUGCUAUUUAAAAAAGAAAGAAAAAAAAAAAGCAAAACAAAAAGAAAAAAAGUCAUUUAUACAUGUGUAUUUUUUAAAGCUAUGAUCUGUUCCAUGUUUUUACAAAUCUGUUUAUAUGACGUUGUUAAAAUAAAGUUGGUCUUUUGACGAGAGGGAGGAUGUCAUGGUCAGGUGUAAUUUUGCCUUUACAAGGUAACCGGGGUGGGGGGUGGGGGGAGUGUGCCUCCUUGAUGUUUUGUUCAAGUUAUAGAUCAGUGGAGCUAUGUCUCGUUUUAAGUUGCUUUAAUGCAUUGUAUUAGGUCUUCAUACAGAAUAAAGUUUGUUUUGAAACUUAA